UUCUACCUUUAUUAUAAACUAUGAAAGGUAGCUGAGCUAAGGUACUCUCCUUUAGCCAGGCUUCAUAGUACGAAUCAAUAUGUUAGUGUUUUAUAUUGUAUGAAUAAAUAUGUACGACGCAGGAUGUGUAUUAUUUUCUUUUUGAUAAGAUGCUUUGUGUUAUGUUCGUAAUACCGUUGGGCCUAGCUCCUAGUUUUUUUUCCUUGUACCUUCUUUGUUUUAGUGUUCUCUAUAUAUCUGGUGUGUGUUCGGUUCACAUCCAUGAAUAUUCUGUGCAUUUCGAACAUCUAUGUUUUCUUGGUCGUUCAACUGACAUUGUGGAUCGGAGCACCGAUUGAUCGAGCACUUGCAGAUGAACGCAGAGCUGUGGGUGCAGUCACCACGUCUGCUCAAACGCAAAAUCAACUUUCUGAGGUAUAAUAAGCGGGUGGCGGAGGGGCAAUGGGCUGUGAUGGACGUGUCUGUCGAUGGCAUCCUUGGACCGCCAGCAGGUAGCCGCACCACUGAUGCCGCCGUCGUUGCAAACAACACAACAGGCUGCAGGCUGCUGCCGUCCGGCUGCCUCAUUGAAGACAUGGGCAAGGGCAAUGGCUACUGCAAGAUCACAUGUGUUGUCCACGCGGAGUAUGACGAGACCAUGGUGCCAACAUUGUCCAACUCUAGCUUUCGGCGCGCACCGCUGGCUCGCGACGCUGCAGAGGCAGUACGAGUACCUCGCUGUUCUGCACUCCAGCCAGGUCCCAAGAGGCGACAACGACAACAACACAGGGAGGCGUGAGGUGUUUCGUUUGGGUCCAAGAUCACAAGACUAAUGUGACAAAAUUGUGUGUGUUGCACACUCUACUUCUAGCAAAUGGAAACAGCUGUUCUUGCUUGUAGAACUAGAGAAGGGGAGGAACUGCAGCGUAUAUAUACAGUUGCUAAAACUAAUGACAGACUAGCAGAGCUGGAGUGUGACCAUUUCUCCCUAAGAUGAACGCAGAGCUGUGGGUGCAGUCGCCACGUCUGCUCAACCGCAAAAUCAACUUUCUGAGGUAUAACAAGCGGGUGGCGGAGGGGCAGUGGGCUGUGAUGGACGUGUCUGUCGACGGCAUCCUUGGACUGCCAGCAGGUAGCCGCACCACUGAUGACGCCGCCGUUGCAAACAACACAACAGGCUGCAGGCUGCUGCUGUCCGGCUGCCUCAUUGAGGACAUGGGCAAGGGCAAUGGCUACUGCAAGAUCACAUGGGUUGUCCACGCGGAGUAUGACGAGACCAUGGUGCCAACAUUCAGGCCACUGCUCCGCUCCGGUAAGGCUUUCGGCGCGCACCGCUGGCUCGCAUCGCUGCAGAGGCAGUACGAGUACCUCGCUGUUCUGCACUCCAGCCAGGUCCCUAGAGGCGACAACGACAACAACACAGGGACGCGUGAGGUGUUUCGUUUGGGUCCAAGAUCACAAGACUAAUGUGACAAACUUGUGUGUGCUGCACACUCUACUUCUAGCAAAUGGAAACAGCUGUUCUUGCUUGUAGAACUAGAGAAGUGGAGGAACUGCAGCGUCUAUAUACAGUUGGUGGAACUAAUGACAGACCAGCAGAGCUGGAGUGUGACCAUUUCACCCUAAGGUAAUCCUUUUCAAUACUAGGCAGAUUUCUGCUUUUCCUCAUUGAUUGACAUGUAGUAUGCAUCUCUACCUAGUGGUGUACAAUUUUUUAAUGGGUGUGAGCAAAGAGCAUGGUUUAUCAUACAUAUCUAUUCAUACACAGUACAUAGUUCUUCAAUUCUACCAUUAUUAUAAACUAUGAAAGGUAGCUGAGCUAAUUAAGGCUACUCUCCUUUAGCCAGGCUUCAUACUGUUAGCUUUGUUGUUUGUUUUUCGUUCUACACCUAGCAUUGCUCAUAAUUUUACUACCUCAUUUAAUUGUUUUGUUGAUGUGUAAUCGAUGUUUUUCGUUGAUAAAUGGAAAAGGGGUCAACCCAAUUCAAAAACAAAAUACUUUUGACUUUAUAUUAUACAUGCGAUCUUUUGUUGUCUGCAAGCACAAACAAUGCAUGGGCAUUAUUGCAUGUUGGUUAUAGCAACAUCACACAUAUCUGUGUUACUCACCUCUCUCUCUCUCUCUCACACACACACACACACACACACCACACACAUACACACACACAUGAGGUGGAGGUUGAAGAAAAGGACAAUAGAGAACACACAAGCAGAUGAGCUUCU